AAUGGUACCGGGCCUAACAAACGGAAAGGAACAAUGGAUUGUGCUGAGGGAGGGGAAAGAUUUGCUUCGGCUUCAUACAAUGGCGUCAUUCAUAGGAAGUCGCACUGCAAUCAUCGCUAUUUUCUCGAUCGACCCCCGAGGCACCGGCGAUUCCAAAACUUUCUCCACCAUGGCACGAUUUCAGUCCUCUCCUCGCAUUCCUGUCCUUCUUAUAAUGGCCUUGGCCCUAGGCGUUAUGGGCAUAGUUCUCCCCCCCAAAAUUCCGGUGCCUGAAAGCGUUGCUGCAGCGCCCCCUUGCGGCGAGGUGGUCAUCCUGGCAGGGGGUGCGGCGGGCCCAGGGGAAAAAAGGUGCAUUGGGGCUGGAUGUCCUAUUCUUUGCAACCCACCAAUCAAGGAUUCAGGAAGCGACAAGAAGUCCGAUGGCAAGAAUUCUCAUGACAAGGACUACGAUGAAAAGGACUACGAUGAAAAGGAUUACGAUGAAAAGGAAUACGAUGACAAGGACACUGAUGACAAGGACACUGGUGACAAGGACACUGGUGACAAGGACUCGGAAGACAAGGGCUCCAGCGAGAAGGAAUCGAGUGGCAAGCAAACCGACGGCAAGCAGUCAGGGGCCAAGCAAUCGAAGAGCGAGCAAUCCACUGAUAAUGAAGAUGGCCACCAACCGAUCAGCAGGCGAUCCCUUGACAGGUUUGUCAGAAACGGGAGGCAACGGAUUACCCGGCAAAACGAUGGCGACGAAACCAACAAUGAGCAAUUCGGCGACAGCUCCCAUGGCGAUCAAGCAGACGGUGAGCUUGUGACCGACAGCGAUGAAUCAAACGACAAGCAAUCUGAUCGCAAGCAGACCAAUGGCAAGGGUUCUAAGAGCCAAACUUCCGCCGGUGAAGAGUCCAAUGGCGAGGAUUCCAAGGACAGCGACACCAAUACCAAGUCCAGCGGCAAGCAGUCGAACCGCAAACAAUCCAGCAGCAAAAAUGAUGAUGAGGAGACUGAUGAGGAUGAAUCAGAAAACAACUCCGAGAACGCGCAGUCAGAUGGCAAACAAUCCAACGGCAAGAAGUCCAAUGGCAAGCAAUCUGAUGACGAGGAUUUCAAUGAGGAGGAUUCUGAUAGCAAAUCCAAUGGCAAGAAGUCCAAUGACAAGCAAUCGAACGACGAGGAAUCCGAUGACGAGGACUCUGAUAAUCAGUCCAAAGGCAAACAAUUCAAAGGCAAGCAAUCGAACGACAAGGAAUCCAAUAAGGAUGAUUCUGAUAACAAAACCAAUGGCAAGAAGUCCAAGGGCAAGGAAUCCAACGACGAGGAAUCCAAUGAUGGAAAUUCCAAGUACUGGGAAGAACAGACCAAUGGCAAACAAUUCGGUAUCAGGCCAGAAAAUCGUUAG